UUGCUAAUAACAGCUGAUUGUCAAUUGUUAAAGAAGCAACGCCGGAAAAUAGUUGAUAAACAAAUUGUGGUAUUUACAAAGAUAUCCUCUUAUUAAUUACAUUUAUUAUGUCGAAAGUGAUAGAGAUUUCUGAUUCAGAGGAGGAAUCAGAAAGAGGUGAAAGUGAUCAUGUAGUGAAAGACAACUCUAUUUCGACUGCGCCAAAUAAUGUUCCCACUACUACAGAUUCACAUAUACAGAAAGUUUUGCCACGGGAAAGUAUUCCUUCUUGCAGUAACUCCCCUCCUCCGUUAAUAAUUUCGGAAGUUUCGUCCUUAAAUACCUUACAAGUUCCAGCGACAUCAACUAUACAAAAGAGCCCGUCUACAAGUACUAGUGCCACCAGCACUAAAGUCGCAGCUAGCACUUCAAACGCAGCUCUAGCACUACAAACUAAACGCAGUCGGCGCAAGAGUAUGCAUCAUCCUCUGUGUGCAAGCCCGGAAAUUCAAUUUGAAACAAUAGCCCUAGAUGAUGAGGAAGAUAAGACGCCAUCAAAGACCAAAAACAAAACAACUGUCAGUACCGAUGGUAUACAACAGAAUAAGGCGCCAAAAUUACAGAAGACUCCGCCGAAAAUACUUAAUGCUAAACCACAGGCAGACAAAACCGGUGAGGAUUUACCUGAUGUUUGUGCUGAGUUCCUUGCGUCAGAUGAAACUAAAGCAUUACUACAGCAAAUAGCAGAGGAUCGUGUCCGCAUAAAUUUUCUACUGGCUUCAUAUAAUAUGCCAGAAAUACAAUUUGCUUUACAUACAAAGCCAGAUGUUUUGCAAUUUCAAUUAGAGGAGCGAAUAAAGCAUAGAAAAAGACGGUCAAUGGAGUCUUCGAGGCAAUUGAAAAAACGACGGAGUUUGUUACAAAAUAACCCUCGCACGAGCACUUAAAUUGAAAUAAUCUUAUUUCCUUAUUAUAUAAUAUAUAUAAAUAUAUACGUAAUUAUUUAGAGGUCUUCAUAUUGCAUAGAUUGUUUAAAGAUUGUAUUCAAAUAUGCGAAAAUAUUAAGUUAAUUAAUAUUAAGUAAGAAAAACUCAGUUAGUUAAAGAAAAUUUUACAGUAAUGGGCGCUGGAGGUAAAUAUUAUGUUAAUAAUUGUAAUUAAAAAGUAAAAUAAUAAUGAACAAAUUGUAAUUAAAACUAA